AUGUUGAGACUGAGAACUAACAUAAAAACACCAACGGUCACUAGCAAUGUGAUUGGUUCAAAUAUCUCUCAUAAGAUGGAGACAAAGAAGCUUUAUCAUUGGAACGACAUCCCAGAAUGGCAAAAAGAUAAUCACUACAUUUUUUCUGGGUAUGUUAAGGAAACGCUUAGUUAUUUAGAGUGCUUACGCUCGUUAACGUAUCUCCACAACGAAUCUGUCAACAUAUACACUCAUUUGCUUCCAGGAACAGUAUUUUUUGGGGGAAUAUUUUGGUUUUUUGAAUAUUAUAUGGAGUAUUUUCCUUCUACAACUUGGCAGGACCAAUUUGCGUUCUCAUUAUUUUCUUUUGGUGCUGCCACUGCUUUAACCUUGAGUAGUUGCUUCCAUUGUCUUAAAUCCCACUCUGAAUGUGUUGCUACAUUUGGUAAUAAGUUGGAUUAUCUAGGAAUAAUAAUACUAAUAAUAACAUCUAUGGUGUCGAUCCUUUAUUAUUCGUUGAUUGAUUUGCCAGGAAUUAGGAACUUUUUCUGGGGGUUGACAAUGGCAUUUGGGGCGGUUUGCUCGGUAUUUUCAUUGAACGACAGAUUCAGAACAAAUAAAUGGAGACCUUAUCGGGCAUUAAUGUUCGUGUUAUUUGGGUUAUCUGGGGUCUUCCCAAUCAUUGCUGGGUGGUGGAUACUUGGUGGUGAAGAGGUGUUCAGAAGAUCAGAUUUAUGGUGGGUCAUUGCCGAAGGGGCUCUAUAUAUUUUUGGGGCCUUUUUGUACGCGGCAAGAGUUCCCGAAAGGUUCGCUCCUGGAAAAUUUGAUAUUUGGGGUCACUCUCAUCAAAUAUUCCAUGUAUUGGUGGUCAUUGCUGCUUGUUGCCAUGGCAGGGGGUUGAUGGGUGCCUACUUGUAUAGUCAUCACUAUACCAUUCCUUCGAUGUUGAUGGCCUAA